AAAAGCGAGAUAACAAAGGAUUAAGCGGACGAUAGUUUGUGGUGAAGUACUCUCAUCAACUUUUCCGGUUUUAAUUUUAUUAUAGUUCGAAGAUUUUAACAUCAUUUCUUGAAACGCGAAAGUGAUUGCUCUUAUAACUUCAAACUUAUGCCUCUCCAAGCUCAUACUGAAAUGUCGCUUUUAACCCAGUGCGUCAUAUUUUGUUUUUGGAUUUACAGUGUGUUAACUUUCUUAUUCACAAGCUCUUUUCUGAGUUACAUUGUUCUUUUGGGGCCAAUAAUUUUGUAUGGUUUGGUCAAAUAUUACUCAUUACCGAAACCCGAUGCAUCAGUUGUAGAUGAAAUCCUUGGAGUUAACCCUCUGUACGAUCUCAGGAACAAGAAAGAAAAUGAAGUUACGUCCGGCAAUAUCAAAUCCUGGAUCAGUGAAUUUGAUGAUCACAGGAAUCCGAGUAGCUCUACAGUUCAGUCCAUUGGUCAUCGCGCUUACGGACUGGAUGCCCCAGAGAACAGUCUCAUCGCCAUUAAAACGUGUCAAGUAAAGGGAUGCAAGAAUAUUGAGAUUGAUGUAAUGCUUACCAAGGAUAAUGUUCCCAUCACAUACCAUGACUGCGAUCUCUCUCGCAUCACCGGAAAACCUCAAAACGUUUUAGAUCAAACUUGGAAUGAAAUCAAAGACUUGGAUAUCUCUGUGAAUCAUCCAUUGAGUGAAAAAUUCAAAGAUGAAAAAAUACCAAAAUUUGAAGAUGCUGUGUCAUUAGCUUUAAGUCUGAAUAUGACCAUAUAUCUUGAUGUGAAAGAGUGUAAACCUGAGAUAGUUGAUGCUGUCAUUCAGUUAUACCGAAAAUUUCCGGAGUUACACACCAGAAGUAUUGUAUGCGGCUUCAAUCCUCUUCUGACUUACUUGAUACGGCGUCAAGAUCCUAAAAUUGUGUGUGCUAUCACUUGGAGACCCUUCUUCUAUUCGUGCAGCUCAUAUGAUCCUUACUAUCGCGUAACAAGUUUCGGUGAACAGAGGCAUAAAAAUUUUUUCCGACACUUAGGUGCAGUGAUUUCAGACCACUUAUACGACUGGGUUUUGUACAAUAUCUGUCCUCAGCUUGUUGGUGCAGUCGCCAUUUUACUUGCGAAAGAUUAUGUCAGCCCACACGAAAUAACUCAAUGGGAGAGGAAAGGACUACGAGUCAUAGCAUGGACUGUUAACUUGCCUGUUGAGAAAAUGCACUACGCACGAGUUCUUGGAGUUUCGUACAUAACAGACACCGUUGUUGGAGACGCACAUCCAUGAGCAAAGAGUCAGCAGUUUACUCUGUUAAGUAAUUUUCUUUUCCACUUCUGCUCAGUAUCAGUUUCAGGGACUCAAUUUUUAUUUAGUGGUGCAUUUAAUUUUUAGUAUAAUUCUCCAUAGUUCCUAAAUGCCAAUCUUGGACAACUUUCAACUACCUAAGUACGUUUAUUUAAUAGAUAUUUAUAUAUUUUGUUUAAAAAAUUAUUUUUACAUCAAAGUGACUGAUCAAAAACCUUGACCAAAGAUAGGCCCUGUAGGAAUUAAUUUUUUCACUUAAAAAAAUGUUUUUGCUUGAUGUACCAUGCCAUUUUUUAACUGAGCUUUAAAUUUGCCUCUUCCUUGUAAUAUUAUCAUUAAUUUAAUAAUUUCACUAUGCAGGAAGUUACCUUCAUGUAAUCAUAUUUUUUUAAUUCUAAAUUACCUUCUUAGGUGAGCUUGUAUUGCCAUUUAAGCAAGAUUAUUUUUUACAAAUUGCAAAUAAAUAAGUAA